AUGUCAGACACUGAAGACCCGUCCGAGCCAACGUACAGACUGGCGCAAGAACGGGAAUUCUACCAGUACAUCCCGCGCCAGCAUGCCGCAACACAUUAUGCCCCUUUCGACAACGCCAGCGAGAACACUUUCCAUCCCCAACCGUCCCAGGACUCGGCCCUGACGGCGUUUGCCCAGCUAGGGGCCAUCCGCCUGGGAACCGAGCGCGGCUUGAUCUCUUUAUUCGAUCGCACCCACCAACACGUCAUCGCGGAAGCGACCCCGACCUUGAGUCUCACCGGCGGCGGCAUUCGAGAUACCAACGAUCGGUUAAUUUUAGGAUGCUGUGUCCUGCCCAAGGAGAGAGGCUUCUGUCACCGCGUGGAGCGACUACCAUCAGCGAAAUAUAACAAGGCCGACGAGGUUGUCGGGGAGGAUACUCUGAUUGUUCCCGACAUCCUAGAAAAUGAACACUUCAACUCCCCGAAACGCCUCAAGGUAUUUCAAAAUGCGCGCUUCUACGCCGCAGUGCCAAUCAUCAGCCCCCGAGGUUACACGAUCGGAGCCUACAGCGUGAUGGAUAGUAAACCGCGAGCGACGAAUCUGGACCUGAACCAUCUGCAAUUCAUGAAGGAUAUGGCCGCGACAGUGAUGGAGCAUCUGUCGUUGGAGCAUGAUACCCAGCAAAACCGGCAGGCUGAGCGCAUGAUUGUGGGACUGGGAAGUUUCGUUGAAGGUAGGACUACUUUGCGCGACUCUUGGCGCGAAGCCCAUGCACAAUACGCUGCUUCAGAGCAAUCCGGCGAGACGAGAGAGGGACAGUUGAACAUCGAGCAGCAGAACAUACAGCAGGAACGCAAGUAUCAGUUUGAGAAAACCCUCGCAUUCCGUCAUCCACCUACGAAAUCUAGAUCCCAAUCGAGAUCGAGAUCAUCCACCCCCAGGGCGCAAGGGAAGAAAAGCACAGAAAAUCCCAAAGUGCAGACUACGCAAAACGGAAAUUCCGUUUCCGUGCGAAGUGUGCUUGCGGGCGAAAGUCUUCAGGAUAACAGCAUGGCGACCAGUACCAAGCAGAUUUUCUCGCGCGCCGCAAACCUGAUUCGAGAAUCACUCGGGGCGGAAGGUGUGAUGUUCCUGGAUGCCAAUAGCCAACGCUUUGGUAGCCUCGUCAAUAAGAACCGUCGUAGGGUCUCCGGCCCCAUUUCGAAAGAUGCUGGAUCAAGUAGCGAUGAGAGUACAGACUCUGCGGGGUCGCACAGGCGAUAUGAUUCAAGUGCGGAAUCGGACGAUACUCUUGUCUCCGAGUGCUUGGGAUUCUCGAGCUCAAGAGUAUCGAGCAUUGAUGAUGAAACCAGAGCAGGCCGAGCUGUGGUUGUGCCCGAGCCACUUUUUAGCUCUUUACUCAAGCGUUAUCCUCGUGGCAAAAUCUUCACCUAUAAUGCAAACGGCUCUGUGUCCGAGGACAGCGAUAGCUCGCGGCAACAGUCUGAGCAGGAACUACACGAACACAUGGCGGAAUCACAGGCCGAGGAACGACGCCCAGCAAGCAAGAAACGGCGCAAACCAACCUUCCGGCAAGACGCCGAUAGUUUGAUAAAGAUUUUCUCCGAGGCCAGAAACAUCCUGUUGUUGCCGAUCUGGGACUCCGACAAGAAGAGGUGGUUUGCCGGAGCAUUGGUUUGGACUCGCAACCCGGAGCAUGUUUUCACCUUUGAGAAGGAGACAAUUUUUGUUUCUGCCUUUACCAACAGCAUCAUGGCCGAGGUUCGCCGUGUUGAUGUGGAGAUAGCCGAGAAGGCGAAGACGAACUUGGUUAGCAGCAUCACGCAUGAGCUGCGCAAUCCAUUGCACGGCAUUCUUGGAACGGCAGAUAUCUUGAGUGACACGGCCAUGAAUGCGUUACAGCAUGGCAUGGUCCACACGAUUGAAUCUUGCGGUCGGACUCUUUUGGAUACAAUCAACAACCUCCUCGAUCUUACAUUCAUCGACAAAUAUCAAAACAGAGCGCCGACAAACCGCAAAAGAUUCAGAAAAGAAAGCGGCACCGCGAGUAACUCGAAACGUUCAAAUCAAGGCCAAUCCAAAGAAAUCAAUGAGUCUUUGUCAUACGAGCACGUUCAACUGGAUUCCGUGCUUGAGGAAGUGGCAGAGUGCGUCUUCGCUGGAUACAGCUUUUAUGCGAAUCCACAAGCUCCGCCACCGGCCCUGAAUGAUUCUUCGUCUCGAUGGGCGGGCCCUACUACUGAAUCCGACCCUGUUGGUCCCCGUGCAAGCCAAGUAACCAUCAUCUUCGACAUCCAACCAGACACAGAAUGGGAUUUCUGCACACACGCUGGUGCCUGGCGAAGAAUUUUGAUGAAUGUGUUUGGCAAUGCACUGAAGUACACAUCGUCUGGAUACAUCUAUCUCGGGCUAAGUUUUGCACCGCGUGACCCUAGUGGUUCCAAAGAAUUGCAUGGACAAAGGGAUAACGAGUUCGAAGUUACAUUGACCGUCAAGGAUACUGGCAAGGGAAUUGGGCCAGAGUUCCUCCAAGAUGGCCUAUUCACCCCGUUCUCGCAAGAAAAUCCUCUUGCUUCUGGAAGCGGUUUAGGACUAAGUAUCGUCAGACAGGCUGUUGGUUUCCUUGGUGGCUCAAUCGAAAUCGAGUCCACCAAGAAUGUUGGAACCGCCCUUACAAUACGCACACCGCUGACUCGGGCUCCCGAGCCAUCGGAGACCUCAUCCUCGAUCGCCAUGUUCAGCUCCCUUCAGAGUUAUACCCAAGACAAGACCAUCGGUUUCCUCGGGUUUGGUUCAUCGCUGCAGUCUCACCGCGAUACAUCUCUUUACUCCUCACUGGAACGCUUGUGUCAUCAUUGGUUUGGCCUUCAAUCGAGAAAUGUCUCACCAGAGAAAGGUAAAACUCAAAAUUAUGACUUCUACUUGGCGGUGCAGACGGAAUUGGACGAUGAAAACACCGAGGGCAGAAAUCUAUUCGGGAUGAGCCCGCACCUUUUGAAUAAGGAAGGGCACUCCUCGCCUAUUGUGGUUAUCUGCCAAUCACCCGAGGAAGCUCACAGGCUGUUUGUCUCUGCUAAAAACCGAAGCGAGGAAACAUACUUUGAAUUCAUUAGUCAACCAUGCGGACCGCGGAAGUUGGCCCGCGCACUGAAUAUUUGCAUUCAGCGCCAAACCAACGACCGAGAAGGUCGCCCAAGCGUUGAGAAACCGACUCAUUGGGUUGAAAUGCCCGAAUCGUCCCAUCUGCCCGUGGAUCUUGGCCCCAGUGACCCGCCGACUGAUCGAAUGAAAAUAAGCAAGCGACCAACAGCAGAUACUAUGGGAAGUCCCAAUCGUAGUUGCAGCGAAGGUUCGAGCGAACGAACCCCAGCGGCCAGUCCACGAGAAAAGCAGGUUACCCCAGAACCAUCUCCCAAGCCCAGUCCAAGCACAGAGACUCCAGAGCUACAUGCUUUACUUGUUGAUGACAACCAACUUAAUCUCCAAAUGCUUUCUGCAUAUGCCAAAAAGGAUGACUAUCCUUACAUGACAGCUAUGAACGGAGCAGAGGCUGUGGAGGUUUAUAAAGCUCAUCCCGACAAAAUCAAAGUUGUCAUUAUUGACAUCUCAAUGCCUGUAAUGGACGGCUUCGAAGCCUCGAGGCAAAUUCGACGAGCCGAGAGAGAGUAUCGCGCCGAGAAAGGCAUAGACCAAGAAGCUCCUCGCCUCGUCAUUGCUGCAUUGACUGGUCUUGACAGUGCAAAUGCCCAAAAGGAGGCCUUUGGAUCAGGCAUAGACACUUUCUUGAUCAAGCCUGUGAAACGACCUGAUCUGCAGGCAAUUCUCAAAAAAAUGAGAGAAUGA